AUGAACGAUGCUCGUCCUUCGUUCGUAGCUCUAAUUCCGAACGGCAAAGGGGUGACUGGUGUUGCUGCAUUGGGCCACAUGAAUGCUGCCGGAGGAGGGAGAACGAAUCCGUUCGGCGAGGCUUUUGGAGCCGCCGGCCGCGAGUGGACGAAGGAGCUGUGUGAAGCGGACUCGGAUGGAGACGGAGCUUCGAAUGGUGAAGAGCUCGGCGAUCCAUGCUGCACCUGGUCGCCUUCAACUGGUUUUAAUGCCUUCUCCCCUUCAGCUGUGCCGACUCAUCCUGGUGUCGCCAACAGCUUCUCGACUGAACAACUUAAUGCCAUGACAUGCGGCGGCGAGGCGGAUCUCAACGUGGUUGCUUCCAAUGGAGACGCUUCCAGCACCAGCGGCUCCUUUGACGACGUGGUUGCCCCAACGAUCCAACCUCGCUUCUCUUCCGGCCCAAAACUCGACCAGACCUCCCCAGCUCCCGCUACUUCAGUUGCCCAGAGCCUGAAAACUUCGGCAGUUGCUCUCUACUGCUUCAGCAUUAUCGCGUUAGCUCUAGCGAUGUAA